GUUUGACCAAUCAGCUAGCUUUUGGAAUACCACCAUGAUAUUACCAAAAUGUGAUUAACAAAGGAUUGCAAAUGGUGUGUAAGGGAGCUCAGAAAACGUGCAGGCACACCUGAUGAUUCAAUCUUUGUAUUUUGGAUCAUAUGGCAUCAGCCUCUCCUUCACCUCUUGCCAGUUCUGUAGAGAAGACAAAUGGAGCCAAGCUCAGCCGACUUCUCAUCGAUGGUGGAACAACAGUUCUUAGGAGCAUUUUCAAUGGAUAUCAUCCCCCAGCAAGUCUUUCAGCCGCAUUGAAAUCAAACUCUUUGACUCUUAAAAGUCUGUUGAGAAGAAGGAUCCUACACAAACCUCAAUGGGAUCUAUUAAUUCCUCCAAGCGGUGCUCCUCCAGACUCCCAAACAUUCGAUAUCACUCUUUUAUUCCUUCUCUUAACCAAAAUUUGUGGUCUCUCUCCACCCCACUCUGGGUGGCACACUAAACCAUCUCCAUGUGACAACUCCCUUGAAGCAAAUCUUGCUCGCAUAAAGUUUUACCGCAAUGAAUUGUAUGGCCAUGUUACCACAACUGGUAUUGCUGAUCCAGCUUUCUCAACUCUGUGGCAGGAGAUCAGUGCUGUUCUUGUUGCUCUUGGCUUGGAGCAGGCGGAAAUUGAUCGAUUGAAGGCUGAGCAUUGUGGAGAGCAAGUGUUCUUAGAUGCGUUGCUUGAGUGGGCUGAUUCUGAGAGAGAUGUAAAAUCACAGCUGAAGGAUAUUGAGACCAAAGUGCUGCAAACUGUCGAUGAAAGUAAAGUAAAGCUGGAAGAAGUUCAUCAGUUGCAGAAGAACUUACAAGAAUCUGUGCAGAGCCAACAGCAAGACAGUACAGCUAUUCAAGAUAUCUUUGGAAAAGUCUCUGAGAAGCUUCAAACCAUUCAAACUUUGAAUAACAAGAAGGAGUGCAUCAGAGGUGACGAAGUCCUUACGAAACUAGCAAAGGUUGACAAUUUACGUGAACUUAGAGGCCAUGCAAGCAGAUAUGUUGAGGGAACUCGUUUAUCGAUUCUUAACGAAGUUGAGAGGUGGUUAGACGACAAAAGUUCUCCAAAUAGAGUGAUUGUUAUUAGUGGGAACGCAGGAAUGGGAAAGUCUGUAAUCUCAGCUGUUUUGUGCCAAAAGAUGUUAGAGGCUGGAAGAUUGUCAGGGAGCCACUUCUGUCGCCAUAACAAGGCACGCCAAAGGAAUCCCAAAGUGAUGCUGCAGUCGUUAGCCUGUCAGCUUUCAGACUCGCUGCCAGAGUUUAAGAAGGCUAUCGUGAAGAAGUUGUCGAGAAAUGUGGGCGUUGAAAUUGGAGACAUGGAAGUGGAAGAACUGUUUGAAUUUUUGUUUGGAGAACCUCUUUCAGAUUUGGAAGACCCAGGCUCUAUCCAUCUCAUUGUAAUAGAUGGCUUAGACGAAAGUGAAUACCAGGGGCGUAAUGAGCUUUUGAAUGUGAUUGCGGAUUACUUCAAGACGCUUCCGUUCUGGAUUCGAUUUGUGGUAACAACGCGACCUGAAAUGAACAUCUCAGAGAAGAUUCAAGACUUAAAUCCCAUACAGCUGAACCCAAACGAUCAAGAAAACUUGAUGGACGUUAGGCUUUGCUUUCAAAAGCAACUGGAAUAUGUCCUGCAAUCUGAUUGCCAAGAUACCCUCUUGGAGAAGCUUGUUGAAGAGUCAGAAGGAGUCAUGUUAUAUACCUAUUACCUGACAGAGUUCAUUAAGAGGAAUGCUGCGGGUAUGAGUGCUGCUGAAGUGAUCAACAGCGGCUUGCCAUCUGGUAUUUCGUCCGUUUAUCAAGGCCAGUUCAAACGCCUGAAAAGUGAAAUGCAGAAAGAACUGGGUAUCACCGAAGAGCAACUCUUUGAUUUUUUAAAUGCCAUGGUGGCAGCAAGAGAACCAUUACCCGUCGAGUUUGCUUAUAAGUUGUUCCUUUCAAAAGAAUGGUCAUCGGCUGAUGAGCAAAAAGUACGAGACGCAGUUGAUUGUAUCUCGGCUCUUCUACCCAUUGAGGGCGAGUGCAUUAACUUCUUUCACAAGUCAGUCAAGGACUGGUUGGUCGAGGAGUCUACUUCGAGGCAAAAGAAGUUUACUGUUAGCGGAAAAGAAAGUCAUCGCGUCAUUGCAAAGCUUUGCAGAGAUGAACUAGAUGAAUUGAAACUUAAAGGGAUCCAGAGUUCAACACUGAAACAGACGUCGAGGUAUGCCUUGCAGCAUGGUGUUCAGCAUAUACUUGAGGUAGAAGAGAAUGCCCGUCCGUGUAGCCUCGACGACAUUGUAAAGAAUUAUGUUUUGGACCUAGAAUUGGUCUAUGCAAAGCUAACUGUGAAGAGUACAGCAGCCACUGAAGAUAUUCUUUUCGUACAAGAGAAGGAAAAUACAAAUGGUCUGUCAAAGAAUUGCAGAGAAGCCCUUGAGACGUUAUUGCUGCUGUUGCGGAAGCAUUUAAGUACUCUUUCAAAACUUCCUUAUGCCAUCUUUCAAAUCUUGUUGAAUGAAGGAGGACGUGAACUGUCUGCGGAGGCAUUAAGCCUGCUGAACACCAAGUAUGCGGACUUACCAUAUAUGGAAUAUUUGCGAAAGAAGGAGGAAAGAACAGAUGUUCUACUGCGGUUUUUUGCUUCAGAUUGGGUGGCCUGCUUUGAUGUCUCACCAAAUCAGGACUACCUGGUUUGCGAGUGUUUCGAUGGCACAAUUCAUCUGUGGUCGCUCCGUACUGCCCAGCCAAUGUGGAAACGCCCUUCGUUGGUAUCAGAGAAUGAUUUAUGGGUGUGCCGUGGGUUCAGUGGGUUUUCCUUUCAUCCAUUUUCCCGGUCAGUAGUUUUCCAUCCAACCUUAAACCUGAUCCUGCAAAGGACUCUGUGUCAGGGUUAUACCUUGGUCGGAGACGUGCAACCUCUUUUCCGUUCGAGCAAGUGCCGGUUCAAAGUUUGUUCAAUGUCUGGUGACAAAACCACGCUGCUGACUGACUGUCUGGACGGAAGGAAUUGCGUCAUCCAGUGGAGUCUAAAAGAUGGAAGCGAAAUUUAUCGUUUUACACACAAAUGCGAAAUUUUAUCUUUUGCUUGGUCUGCUAGUGGAAGACGGAUGGUGAUCGUCGAUUCUGACAAGUGCGUAUACCUCAUUGACAUGAAUGAUGGAUUUGAGACUCUGAUAUGGGCUUCUGCUUGGUCACAAUAUGUUAAGUUAACUCCUGACAGCCGUUUUUUUUUCUGUUUGGUUUUGGAUGAGGAUGAACAUGUUUGGUCUCCGAAGCCCAAGCUUUUUUGUUUAGAUAUUGACAGAAACACUAAGUCAAUAUGUAGUUUGGAUCGCUUUUUUAGGACGAGUCCCUACCAGUACGCCUCGGAAUUUGAAACUUGCAAUGAGAGUGGUUUCUUGUCAGGAGAUCCCUUUUGGAAUUCAUCUUUAAGAAUAUUCCCAUCUGUAGAUUUUGUACUUGUAUUGAAAAAGCAGUUGUUACUAAGAGUUUCCCCUCUCAGUAAAGUGAUUGAAAUGUGUAGCCUUAAUGACAUAAGGGAGUGGAGAGGUGAGAGUAGCGAUGAAGCAGGACAAAGCACAGAACCCGGUGACAUUACGACAGAGAGAGCCGAAAAUAACGAUCUAACGGAACAUAACCUACCAGAAAUCAACGAUAUGCCGGAGCAGAAAGCUGAAAUCGAUGUUCUGUCAGGACAGAGAGCUGAAGUUGUUGAUCCAUCAGAACAGAGAGCUGAACUUGACGACCUACUCGAACAGAUGGCUGAACUGGGUGGCCUAGUUGAACAGACAAUGGAACUUAACAACUCUACGGAAAAGAAAGGUGAAUUUGAUGACUUUGUGGGAGAACGAACGGAAUUUAAUGACCCAUCAGAAAAGAGGCUCAAACUCGAUGAACCAUCACAACGAUUGGAAAUUGGUCUAUGCAGCUUAUCAGAGAAUGGAGCUGAUCCUUAUUUUAAAGGGGAUGAUCAGGAACCUCUACUUGAGGACAUAGAGGAAAACGGUUCUGCUGGAGAUGAUUACUCUGGACUACCAGAUAGCGUUUAUUUCUCUGUUGAUGGUAACUCUCUUUAUACCGUGGUGGGUACAAGGAUCCAGCGAAUAAAUCUUGUGACUGGCGAUGUUUUAAGUAAAAGGGUUAGUCGCAAGGCAUGUCUGACUAUCGGAAGGCGUUUUCGUCUUGUGCCCGUCAAAAGAGGUGUCCUAUUCGAAACAAAUGGUAGCUCGCUUGAGUUGUGGAACUCUGAGUUGUCUGCUUGCAUGCAAAGGUGGACUGGCUUUUUUGUCAGGGUUGCUGUACCCUUAUCAGAGGAACUAGUCGCCUUGGAAACGGUGAAUGACGAUGAUGGCAGACGGGAAGUGAUCAUUCUAGAUACAACGAAUGAAAAAAUUGUGUCAACGAUUGCAAAUUUUGGUGGUGCAUUUUUUGCAUGUAAUAAUAAAUGUGAAGUGCUAACCACUACUGAUGGAGAGUCUCUGCAGCUGUGGCGUAAAAACCAAGUGAUAUGGGAAACUUCUAUUCAAUUAGAUCUAUCCGGGUUAUACGUAACUGUUAUUUUUUCUCCCACUGAAGAAUACGUCGUCAUUUUUGAUGAAAUUGGCUCUUACGUCCUCAACGCAGUUUCGGGAAAAGUGAUUUGUGAAUUGGAGAUCAUGGCUGCAAAUGAUAUUAAGUUUAUCAGUAACGAGGACUGCAUCGUCAGCUUGAAUUAUCCAAGAGGUUUUUGUCUUAGAUUAUACAACGUUAUAUCUGGUGAUCUCCUUAGUGAAAUUGUUGAGGAACGAUAUGUUCUAAGUUUUGCAGCUUAUCCUCGUAAGCGCUUGGUCGCAAUUGUCCUUGAAAACUCCGAGAACCAUUUUGAAAUCAUUCAAGUGAAGCUGCCAGGCGAUAAAGAGAAGAAGAACAUGAAAAG